AUGGAGACACAUGGAGAGAACCUCAAUAUCGAUAAGAUACUACUGACAAAUAUUCAAUCAUGUCAGUACUUCAAGGAUCUUUACACUCUCAAGACCUACCAUGAAGUGUUGAGCGAGAUCAAGAAUCAUGUACAAUAUCUCUGUCCCUAUAUACCCAAUACAAAGACACCUUCCACUGCCUAUUGUUUACUUUACAAGAUGUACUUGAUGAAGUUCACUGAGAAACAGAUGAAUGGUGUGGUCACCAAUGAGUCACCCUACAUCCGAGCAAUGGGAUUCCUCUAUCUCCGAUACUGUCAUCCAUUUGCCAAACUAUGGGAUUGGUUUGGUGAGGCUCUCGAUGACCAAGAGACAAUCAAAGUCACACCCAGAAGCAAUGAUACGACUAUCGAACAAUUCCUCAUAUCACUUCUUAGGGAACAGAGAUUCGCGGAUACUCUGUUGCCAAGGAUACCUGUCAAGGUCAUGAAGGAGAUGGAACAGGGAAUAUCAGAGUAUGAGGAUGAGAAGGGUAUCACUCCAGUACAACAGAAGGGCAAGGGCAACAGAGGUGGUGGUGAUGGCCGAGAUGACAGAAGAGGAGGUGGUGGCAGAGGAGGCGGAAGAGGAGACUAUAGAGACGAUGACAGAGGAGGAGGUGGAGGAGGAAGAGGCUCAUACAGGAGAGAUGAUAGAGAUAGAGAUAGAGAUAGAGAUAGAGAUAGAGAUAGAGAUAGAGAUAGAGAUAGAGAUGGACGAGAUUAUAGAAAUAGAGGAGAUAGAGAUGACUACUCGAUUAGAGGAGGCGGUGGACGUGGUGGCGGCAGAUACUACGAUGAUAACAACAACAGAGGAGGAGGCUCAAAUAAUGGAGGAGGAUAUAACAAACGAAGCAGAAGUAGAAGCAGAAGUAGAAGUAGAAGUGGAGACAGAUAUAAUGAUAGAUCAUCUCGUGAUAGAGACAGAUACUAUGACAGCAGAAAGGAGGCGAGACGUAUGAGCAGGAGCAGAAGUAGAAGCAGAAGUAGGAGUGAUAGUAGAGAUAGAUUAUAUGGUAAUAGUCGUCGUGAUACAACUACCACAACAACUGGCACUUCAUCCUCAUCAACAACAUCAACAGUUGAAUCUGAUCAACUCAAAAAGUUACGAUCAUUGUAUGGUGCAUCAUCCAAUCAGUCAUCUCUGGACUACUCGACCAAGCCACAAUCCAAUGUCCAAGAUAGCGACAACAUCACGAUUGGCUCCACAUCAAGGAAG